AUGUCUCCUCCUACCACCAUUAUCUUCGGUCCAACCGGUCACGUCGGCUCCGCCGCCGCCAUCACCGCACAUGAACUAGGUGCAAAAGUAGUGCUCGCUUUACGUGACACCCAAAAACCCAUCCCAGGUCUGACUACAGACCAAGAAAAGUCCGGCAACUUCGAAAGAGUCCAGGCCGAUCUCACCAAACCCGAAACCAUCGAAGCCGCCGUACGCACAACCAGCGCCAAACAUGCCUUUAUAUACCUUGCCAAUGGCAGUUCCGACCACAUGCGAGGAACCAUCGAAGCACUCAAGAAUUCCGGCGUAGAAUUCGUGGUGUUUUUAAGUAGUUUCUCCGUUCAGGGAGAUAUCAGGAGUCUUGAGCCGACGACUCUCAUCCCUUAUCUCCAUGCACAGGUUGAGAUCAACCUAGAAGAUGUUUUUGGUAAGGAUGGCUACGUCGCGCUUCGACCGGCGUUCUUCAAUACCAACGCCCGUUGGUGGGCGAGUAUGCUUCGCGAGGGCGAAGUCAGAAUUGCGUACCCGAAUAGCGCCUUUGACUGGAUCUCCCCUGGAGAUAUUGGCCGAAUUGCGGGGACGGUACUCAGCCAAGGUAUAGAGGCGACAUCCGGCGCGAAAGAACGGAACUUUAUCGCUCUUUGUGGACCGAAGCUGGUGUCUCAGCGGGAUGCCAUGGGUAUAUUUGGCAGGGCGAUUGGCAAAGAUGUCAAAGUCACGGAGGUGGAUGAGGAAGAGGGUACCAAGAUUCUAGUUGAGCGUGGUGUACCUGAAUUUGUGGCUGGGCCAUUGGUCAAGUCUCUGGGUACUCCAGGCGGUCGCUCGAGUAUGUAUGAAGGAGAGGGGUAUGCGGAGGGAUCUCUGAACCUGAAGAAGUAUGCCGGGCAGGUCACCAGCUUGGAAGAGUGGGCUGUGGCCAACAAGGAAAUAUUCGGUGUCUGA